GUGCAUGCGUGCCUACGAAUUUGUGUGGGGUGUGAAAUUCAUGCGUGUGCGCAGGGCAGGGUGUCCACUAGACCGCUGCAGAGGUUCCUUUUGUGGAAGGCGGUGACCUGCUCAGUAACGAGCGUGGCGCCUCCCCCUCGCUCCUUCGCUCCACUAGGACACCAGGGCUCAUCUUCGCCCUGCAGCAAUUUCCAUCUCCCUCUGUGGUUGCCGGCCCAGCCCGGCGCUGGUCUUCAGGUGCCAGGAGCAGCGUGCUGGGCGGUGGCCUUCGAGUCUCCGGAGCCCGGAGCUGGCGAAGGCGAGGGCGAGCGCGGUGGCGGUGCUGUUCUAGUGGAAGGGGAGCGAGAGAGGCAGCCGAGCAGGAAAGGGCGUGCUGUCUUUUGCAGCCGGCUCGAGGAGCAGCCGGGUAGGCAGCAUUGUUACCUGCAGCGGCCCCGCCCCUCCGCACCGCCCUACCCCCUCACAGUCCCUGGCCUGCAGUCCUGCGGAGAGACCGCGGCGCCGGGACAGCGGGCGGAGGCUGCGCGGGCGCCGGGAGCGCGGGCGCGGUCUGGAAGCUGACAUGCAGCAGGGUUGCCUUCUCUCCUGGCAGCAGACUCGUGAGCCAAGAAGCACGACCGGGGUUUGAUGUUUGUGUCUGCUUCUCCAAGGUCAAGGAAUUAGCUCCUUAGAAGGCAACAGUACUAUGCAUGUUAUGAAUUGUGUCUCCCUGGCCAGCGAUAAAGAAAAUGGGACUCUUGCCACGGCAGCUGCAUUCAUGACUGGGCACACCACGUCACCCUCUGCAUCUCCUCCACCGCCUCCUCCUCCACCGCCUCCACCUCCACCUUGCCCACACUCAGGAGAGGGCUUUCCUCCCUCCCCACCUCCUCCUCUGCCACCUCCACUUCCUGGGGGACCUCCCAUCCCCCCUCCUCCUCCAGGACUACCCCCAGUUUCUCACGUGAAUGGCUACAGCUCCCCGGGUAAGAAGAAACGGAUGCGAAGCUUUUUCUGGAAAACCAUUCCAGAGGAGCAAGUUCGCGGCAAGACCAACAUCUGGACCUUAGCGGCCAAGCAGCAGCAGCACUACCAGAUUGACAAGAAGACCAUUGAGGAGCUUUUCGGACAGCAAGAAGACACCUCCAAGGCUUCUCUCCCCAAGAGAGGAGGAGCUUUGAAUUCGUCCUUCAGAGAUGCCCGGGAAGAAAUUACUGUCUUGGACGCAAAACGAAGUAUGAACAUUGGAAUAUUUCUUAAGCAGUUUAAAAAGUCUCCUCAGUGCAUCGUAGAAGAUAUCCAUCAAGGAAAGAGUGAGCAUUAUGGGUCAGAGACGCUUCGAGAAAUCCUUAAGCUUCUGCCAGAGUCAGAAGAGGUGAAGAAGUUAAAGGCUUUUAACGGCGAUGUGUCCAAGCUCUCUCUGGCAGAUUCCUUUCUGUACUGCUUGAUUCAGGUGCCAAACUAUUCACUUCGGAUCGAAGCUAUGGUGCUAAAAAAGGAGUUCUUGCCAUCUUGCUCCUCUCUGUACAAAGACAUAACAAUUCUAAGGACUGCUACGAAAGAGCUGACGUCAUGUGAGGAGCUACAUUCAAUAUUACACUUGGUGCUCCAGGCUGGGAAUAUCAUGAAUGCAGGAGGGUAUGCUGGCAACGCUGUAGGAUUUAAACUGUCUUCUUUACUCAAAUUGGCGGACACAAAAGCGAACAAACCCGGCAUGAAUCUUCUGCAUUUUGUCGCUCAGGAAGCCCAGAAGCAAGAUGCCAUCCUUCUAAACUUUUCCGAGAAGUUGCAGCAUGUGCAGGAGACGUCCAGACUGUCCCUGGAUGUCACGGAGGCAGAGCUGCACUCGCUCUUUGUCAGAACGAAAUCGCUACAGGAAAACAUUCAGCGGGACCAAGAGCUGUGUCAGCAGAUGGAAGACUUCCUCCAGUUUGCGGUGGAAAAGCUGGCGGAGCUGGAGCUUUGGAAACAGGAGCUGCAGGGCGAGGCUCACACUCUUAUAGAUUUUUUCUGCGAAGACAAAGAAACUAUGAAACUGGACGAAUGCUUCCAGAUAUUCAGAGAUUUUUGCACCAGGUUCAACAAAGCAGUGAAGGACAACCAUGACCGGGAGGAACAGGAGCAGAAGCAGCUACAGAGGUUGAAGGCGCUGGAACAGAAGCGGCACUCCUGGACGACCGGGGACCUCGGGGGCUUUGGCAGGAGCAGCAGUGAGAAUGAUGUGCAGACGCUAGCUAAGAAGGGCACAGAAGACCUGCCAUCCUUUCUGAAGCCCAGGCCCACCAGCCCCUCCUAUCGGCCCCCCAACACCCGUCGCUCCCGCCUCUCCCUGGGCGUCUCUGCUGACCGUGAGCUUCUGACAUUCUUGGAAAGUACCACGGGCAGUCCAGAGGACCCCAACAAAUUCAACAGCUUGCCCCGGAGCAGUCCCCGGCAGGCUCGGCCCACCAUCGCCUGGAUGGAGCCCAGGGAACAACAGAACCCUGACCCUAACUUCACACGUGAAUCUCAGGCCUCAAAGAACCAGGAGAAAGAUCCCCACCCUGCUUGGCAGAGUCAGCGCCCGACACCCUGGCCGGAGGAGCCUGCUUCUCCUUUUCCACUGGCUGGACGGAGCAGGGCGGGCACUCUCCGAAAGAGGAACAGUGAACCUGUGGGCUUGGGUCCCCCACAAAGCCCCCCACUCUUACCAUUAGAGCUGGGCAUUAGGGAGCACGAAUUGGUCACGGGGCUGACUCAGUUUGACCUCCAGAGUCCCAAGAGCCUGGAGGAGGCAUCCCAACUGACUCUGAAUGACUUUUGUCCUACAAAGCUGCAGUCUCCAGGGGAUAGGAGCUCACAGUCCUUUGAUGCUGGCGGUGACAGCCUCACACCCAAGGACACAGGCCCCCAGGAGAUUCUGAGCCCAGCUGGGGAGGGUGACAGGGCGGUCUCUGGUGAAGCCAGCAGUGAGGCUCUUGUGUCUGUGGUUGUCACCGACACUGAAGAUAAGGAUCCCAGGCCUCUGUUGUAUGUCUCAGAUACCACGGACUGCUCACUGACUCUGGACUGCUCGGAGGGAACCGACUCCAGACCUGGAGAACAGCAGGAGGAGGAACAGGAAGGGGAUGGCUCAGUGUCCUCUGGGGCUGGAGAGGCAGGCAGCAGCCAGGUCUCCUCCAACCCUGCUUUUAGCCCCCCUGGGGAGGUGCCUACACCCGAGUCCACUAAGAGUGAACUCAGCUGCCAGGGUGGCCUUCCUAAGGACAAGUCUAGCGGGGGGAAAGAUGCUAUAGCGCCAAAGAGAAAUUCUCUCAAAGAGACCGCACAGGGAGCCUCAAAGCCUGUUAGUGCUCGACGCAGCCAAGGAGCAGCACCCAAGCCUGUGCGAACCUUGAACUCCUCUGAGACCGAGCACAUGCGCAAGGUAGUGCCCAUCUCCAAGUCCAGCAGGGGAGCUGGGUCCUGGAAGCGUCCAGAGCCGACAUCCAGGGCUUCCCCUCGGGAGACACCCAGCAGUACAGACACACUGCUAUCACGAAGGAGCUCGGUGCGGGGGACCUCCGACACCUCUCCCAGAAGGCCUCACGUGAGUGGGUCUGGGGCAGAGGAGCCCAGGCUGCCCCGUUCGAGUGGCAGCAUCAGUGGGCGGCCAGGGAAGGACGUCCCGCUGCAGCCCAGGGCCUCGUUCAGGAAGCCCAGCGCCAAGCCCCUCAGAAACAUCCCCAGGCAGAAACCCGAAGAAAACAAGGUCAACAGCCCCAACUCACGAGACCUUGAGAGCCCCAAGGAAGAGCCCAAGGCGUCUCAGGCUCCAGGUGUCUCUCGAGCACUUCCUCCCGUCCCGAGCUUUGCUCGAAACACGGUGGCCUCCUCGUCUCGGUGCAUGCGAACAGAUGCCCCACCGGUGGCCCGAGGCGCUGGCAUCACCAGGACAGUCUCCCAGCGGCAGCUUAGGGUCAAAAGUGGCCCCGAGGAGUCUGCCUCCAAGGACAGUGGCACUUUGAAGAGGGCCAGCAGCGCCCGAGCCUCCAAGAAGUGUCCCGAAUCUGCUGGGGGUUCUAGCGCCAAUGCAGAAACCCCACUGAAGGGCAGAGGGACUAUGGAUAGAUCCUCUCUCAGACUCAAGGACUCAGGGCGGGCCACCCUCGGGAGGAUCCUCCAGCCCCUGCAGAAAUGACGAGGGAGGCCUGUUUGCUUCUCUGCCUUCUGGGAUUUUUUAGCUGCCAGGACUGGCUCCUGGGGGGAGGACACAGAGGCCAAUCUUUAAUGUCUUGUUACACAUCAAGCAACUCACUGGUGCCACCUGCUCAAGGUCACGUCACUAAAGGUACACAUGGAAAUCUGUAGCCUGCUGUGCAGACUUCUGCUUCGAAAUCAAAGCUGAGAGUAUUCAUAUUCUGCAUAGUACUUUGCAAGGCCCCAGCACCUCGUGCCACUCAUACCCAGGACCCUGACCCUAACUCCUGCCCCAAGAUAAAGAUCCAGUGACAGUCUGGACAUGUAAGAUGACAAUUCUCAUGUAACAAGUAAAAAGAAAAUUUCUGGCCAGUUUUUAUAUAUUGAAGACUUAUUUUUUAAUAUUAUAAAAAUAAAAUGUUUUAGUUGGUUCCUUUUUCAGAGUGAAAUAACUCCCAGGGGCGUGGGGGAGGGGCGUUACCCUUAAUAUGAAGAUUGUUUGUACCUUCUUGGCCCCACCCCCAGCCUCUGGGCUCCAUCCACACAUACGCCAUCCCAAGCCAUCAGUGUGGCCUCUCGUAAGCUCUUGGG